AUGUCCUGCUGUGUCCCCACCUGCGGCGUGGCCACCCCGACCCCUCUGGCUGACACCAGCAACCAGGCCUGCGUGCGGCAGUGCCCCGACUCCACGGUGGUCAUCCAGCCCCCGGCCUCGGUGGUCACCUUCCCCGGGCCCAUCCUCAGCUCCUUCCCGCAGCAGAGCGCCGUGGGCUCGGCCGGAGCUCCCUUCAUCGGAGGCGGCUUUGGUGGCUCCUCUGGACGCCGUGGGGGCUCCGGAGGCUCUGGUGGCCUUGGGGGACUUGGAGGUUAUGGAGGAUUCGGAGGUUUUGGGGGCAGCUGCGGCGGCUCCAGAAGCUGCGGGCCCUGCUAA